AAAUUGUGCCUAAAGUUCAGUACUUCCAGCUGUUCUUCCCUAAUCUUCAUUAUUUACCAGCUCAGAUGCUCAGGUACAAAAAUGGCAAUGUAAAUUACAGGUCUUGCUGAUUCUUUUACUUGCACUUAAUGAGGUAGGGCAUGUCCAAAGUUACUGAGUCUAACCUCCCUUGCUAUUUAAACCCCCACUUGAGGUUUUCCUCCUCCACACUACCUCAAGCACACUUUUCAGCUGUGACCUUUUCUUAGUUUCAAGGUGUAGAUGAAGAUCUCCUUCCCAGUUCUUCUCUGCUUUCUUCUUCUUAGCUCCUCCUUGAUGGAGCCAGCCUUCGCUGCUACCUCCCCAUACUGCAGCAGCAAGUGUACAAAUCGGUGUAAAGUGGCAGGAGUUCAAGAUCGAUGUCUCAAGUACUGUGGGAUAUGCUGUGAAGAAUGCAAGUGUGUUCCUUCUGGGACUUAUGGCAACAAGCAUGAGUGUCCUUGCUACAGGGACAAGAAGAACAACAAGGGCAAACCCAAGUGCCCCUAAAACUUAAUCAGGAGGGUCUCAACUCUCAACUCAACUUCUCAUAUAUGAUCUGCAUCUGCUGGGACUACUCUCUGGUUAUAUUAUAAAUAAAUUUGGAAUGAGUAAUAAGAGUGUUUGUGUGUCA